AUGAAACAAACGCUGCUGUGUCUGACGCUGCUCCUGGUCGUCAACGCGGCGAGAGGUCACGACAUCCACCCCCUCACUUCAGCCUCGUCAUUCUUUUCCCAACUUUUGUUCCAAAAGAUUGCCUUGAAUGAGACAACACUCUACUGCCUGCCCGAAUACCGAAUAAUAUCCCUGAACUUCAUCUUAGUGCCGCCAACAACACCCCUUCUGGUCAAAUACACGGAGGCCUUGAAGGUCUUCUUCUACACAGGCGUGGGCAAGUAUGAUUACGUGGCCGUAGGAGGACCAGAGCGGCCCAUCAACGAGUUUGUGGAGAGGAAGACUCUAGGCUACAUCCCAGGCUUGUUACCGUCUGGGUUCAUCACCCCGGAAACAUCAGUGACGGGCAUCAGUGUCUUCUACCUGAACGCCACUUGGAAGGUGCCCUUUGACCCCUCCAAAACCAGGAAACAUGAGUUUAUCAAUGUGUGUGAGGUCGGUGCCCAGGUUGAGCUGAUGAACGACAUCAGGUACGCGAACGUGAGGACCAACGUUCUCGGCUCCACCGUCCUAGAGCUGCCAUUCGCUGGCGAUCGUAUCUCCUUCUAUGCCGUUCUUCCCGACCAGUUGGAAGGCCUCAGCAGCCUGGAGGGUUCGCUGACCAACCCGAACAAUUUCAACCAGCUGUUUACAGAACUGAAGUCUUGCUAUACCAAAAUCAGCAUCCCCAGGUUUAAGGUGCUCUCGAAAUUCUCCCUCAGGCAGCCAUUGGAGCAGCUGGGUAUCACCAGAGUGUUUUCUCAACGAGAAGCUGAACUGCGCGGCAUCUCAGAGAACCGGUUACACGUGAGCCAGCUCGUCCACAGCCUUUUCUUUGAGAUCACCGAGGCUGGCACCAUCCCUGUCGCCCCAGCACCGGCACCACAGCCAGGCCCGCUUAACCAACAAAACCCACAAGUGACCUUCAACGCUGACCGACCUUUCCUCUUCUUCGUUCGCGACAAAGUCAGCCUGCAGAUUUUAGUCCAAGGAAAGUUCUCCGGAUAA